UUAAAUUAAAUAAAAUAAGAAACUGUUCUUUAGGCUAUAUAUAAAACAAAAAACUGUGCUUUUAAAUCAUGAUAUUAAGUAUUCGAUUCAUGAGUUAUAUUUACACUCACAUCGACAAAGAUUGAUGAUUAACAAGUUAUAUAAUGUGCGAGAAUUCUACGUUGAAAUAAGGCAAAAACACUUAUUGACGUAUUGCAAAAGGGAAAGGCAAUAGUGGCGUGCAAGUUAUAAAUAUAGCGGCACAAAUGCAAAUGUUCCAUUAUUGCUGCGUCAAUGAAGAUAACGUGUGCACAACUCGAUUUUUGAGGAUAUUCCGUGUUUUUUAUUUGACGUUAAAUACAAAAAGGAAUAGAUUUAUAAAGUGACAAAAUGGCAUUCAUAACGGCUUACUGGGGUCUGGACGGCAUAAUAGUUCUAGCGGCUAUUAUAACAGUUUUCUACCUCUACAUGAUUCGCAAUUUCAAUUAUUGGAAGAAACGAGGCAUUGUGGAAAUGACACCACCAACACCUUUCCUUGGCAAUUUCUCGGAUUGUCUACGUUUCAAGAAAGCACCGGCAGACUUUUUAAAAGAGCUCUACGACCAAGCGAAAGGCCUACCUUAUAUUGGUUUUUAUGUUUUGGACAAGCCCUUCUUGCUGAUUUGUGAUCGAGAACUUGUCAAGCAAAUUUUAGUGAAAGAUUUUAAUCACUUCUCUGAUCGAUACAUAGAAGCGGAUGAAAAUGAUCGUCUGGGAUGCGCCAAUCUCUUUUUGAUCAAAAAUCCAGCCUGGAAAUUGUUGAGGACAAAGUUAACACCAUUCUUCACGUCUGGUAAAAUGAGAAAAAUGUUUGAUUUAAUAUUACAAUGCGGAGAAAAUUUAGACGCGUAUCUUGAUAAAUCGGAAUUUGAAGAUAAUGGAAGCAUCGUAGACGUAAAAGAAUUAACAGCCAAGUUUACCACGGAUGUGGUAGGCAGCACCGCUUUUGGACUCGAAGUGAAUUCUUUCAAAUAUCCGGACGCUGAAUUCAGCAAAUGCAGAAGGAUGAUAUUUGAUUACAGUACUGUCCGCGCUUUCGAAUUGCUCAUGGUGUUUUUCAUUCCAAGUAUAGUUUCUUUAUUCAGUAUAAGGAUAUUUGGCAAAGAGCCUACUAUAUUUUUACGCAAGGUUUUCUGGGAGACCUUCACACAGCGAAUAAAUUCUGGCGUGAAGAGAAACGACCUCAUCGAUAUUCUUGUCAAAUUGAAGGAAAAUAAUGAAAAUCAGAAUACUGAAAAUUUCACAUAUGAUGGGGACGAUCUCAUGGCACAAGCGGCCAGUUUCUUCUCGGCUGGCUCUGACACCUCCGCAACGACGAUAGCUUUUGCACUAUAUGAACUGGCAGUAAAACCGGAAAUACAAAAUAGAUUAAGAGAAGAAAUUCUUCACGCGCUUGAUCAAUCUAAUGGAAAGAUUACAUACGAUAUGAUCCAAUCACUACCAUAUCUGGACAUGGUACUCUCGGAAACUUUGAGAAUGUAUCCGCCAUUGGGAUAUCUAAAUCGCGUGGCAAACAAAACUUAUAAAAUGUCGGAUUCUGAUCUCGUACUUGAAAAGAAUAUACCUGUUUACAUCUCGGCGCUUGGUUUACAUUAUGAUGCGGAAUACUUCCCCAAUCCGGAGCAAUUCGAUCCGGAGCGAUUUGAUGAGAAGAACAGACAUAACAGGCCGUCAUGCGUCUAUCUCCCGUUCGGCGAUGGCCCGCACUCGUGUAUAGGAAAUCGUUUCGCGCUUUUACAAUCCAAGCUGGGACUCAUUCAAAUUUUAAAGAAAUGUGAGAUAACACCGUGUGAAAAAACUACAAUACCAAUAAGAGCUGAUCCGAGGGCAGCCAUGCUGGCACCGUUAAACGGCGUAAUAUAUCUUAACAUACGAAAAAUUAACACCAAUACUAAAAUUUGACGUAAUAAAAUUGCACAGAUUGUAGUUAAAACAAAAGAAAUGUUAGAAUGCACUUCAAUUUCAAAUCACAAUUAAAAAAAUAUAUUUGACUUUAAACAAUUCUGCUGUGUUCAGAGUCAAAAUGUUUUUAAUUGUUAAUCGUUUUGGUCUAUAAUAAUAAUCUUCAUAAUUCUUAAAGUGCUACCUAGAAUCACUAGAAAUCUUGAAAAUAAUUUUUAUCAAUACUUUUGAAAAAAUUUAUUGUGGAACCUUAAGGGAAUCCUAGAGUCUGUUUUAACAGCCAGAUUUUAUAUUUUUCAAAAAGAUACAACUGUUUUUGGUUAUAAAUGUACUCGUAUUUAAAAAUGUACUCGUUUCAUGUGACUGCAUUAAUCUAGCUAUAAUUUUAAUAUAGAAGUAAAAUAAUACAAAUAUCUAUUUAUAUUUCAAAAGUUUUACAUAUUAAAACGUUAUGUUGUGUAAUAUAAAUCUUAAAAAUCAACAUUUGUUGCAAAACAUUCCGUGAUAAUUAUCCUACUGCAGUAUUCUACUUAAAUAUGUACAAGGCAUCAUAAUAAUCGCAAAGAUAAUAAUCGCAUUUCCUUUAAUCAUGCCGAAAACAAAAAAUUAAGAAUCACAUACAUACGUAUGUCUUUGUAACCUGUAAUUUUCGCACGUUUUAUUUAACUACUUUAGAAGUACUAAUUAUUUAAUUUUGCAGACAUAAUAACGUUAUGGCACGAUAGUAUGUAUAAUUAUUAUCAUAUAUACAUCCUGCGUGCAUUUAAGUAGAGUGUAAAUCUGUUUUGUUCUUAAUAAUAAACAAUAAAGAAGUUGAUUUUUAAUAUUUGCUUUAAAUCAGUCUAAUUGAGAAAUAAUCAAUGUUUUCGCAAAAAGGCGCUGUUUUGCAUAAAAGCUAGCCUUAUUGCAAAAAAAACUAAUUUCGCAAAAAGGCUAUGACAUAUGUACAAAUAUUAUAUAUUUUUUAUCAAAAAUUUGUUUACUUAUUACUAUUAUUUUUAUGCAUAUUAAUAUACUCUUCAUUAUAAAACAAUAUGUUCUUCUUGCAUAUUUAAUCGAUGUGUGAUAAACUGUAUUUAAUUCAUUGUAAUAAAAAAAAGAAAACUGCAAUAAAA